CACAUCCAACAGCAUCUACAUCCAACAUUACUGCUUCAACACAUUCAGCAUCAUGAUGCUCUGCCUGAAGCUCACUCUACUCACCCUGCUUAUUGCAGCACCUGGUUUGCAUGUUUCUGGAGAAUCUGUGAUUACCUGUGAUGGUGAUGUCCAGCGCCUCACUUGUGACUCUGGAGUGAUAAAGGUGACGUCUACUGUGUACGGCCGUUCGGAUAGCCAAAUCUGCAGUGCUCCACAUCCCAAUCUUAAGGUUACUGAUACCAGCUGCUCCAGUACCGUUUCCACUAUUGCUGACAGAUGCAAUGGACUAAGAGAGUGUGAGGUAAAGACAGACUUGCUUGGCAGCUCUGACCCAUGCAAAGGAACCUACAAAUACUACACUACCACUUACGACUGCAUUGAUGCCCAUGUAGCUGUGGUCUGUGAGCAUGGCUACCGCACACUAGACUGUGGAGCCGAUACUAUUGAGAUCGUGAAUGCGAACUUCGGGCGUGCUGAUUCUGUAACCUGUUCAAGUGGAAUUCCCAACGGUUUGACCCAGAACACCAACUGCUACUCUCCAAAUGCACUCUCAUCUGUCGCCUCACUGUGCAAUGGAAAGAACAGUUGCACAGUAGAAGCUUCCUCCACCAUCUUUACAGAUCCUUGUAAACCAACUGCUAAAUACCUCACAGUGUCCUAUACCUGCAUCACUAAUCAGAGAGCAGAGCCAGUGGUGCAGCACUUCAACACAUCCAACAGCAUCUACAUCCAACAUUACUGCUUCAACACAUUCAGCAUCAUGAUGCUCUGCCUGAAGCUCACUCUACUCACCCUGCUUAUUGCAGCACCUGGUUUGCAUGUUUCUGGAGAAUCUGUGAUUACCUGUGAUGGUGAUGUCCAGCGCCUCACUUGUGACUCUGGAGUGAUAAAGGUGACGUCUACUGUGUACGGCCGUUCGGAUAGCAAAAUCUGCAGUGCUCCACAUCCCAAUCUUGAGGUUACUGAUACCAGCUGCUCAAGUACCGUUUCCACUAUUGCUGACAGAUGCAAUGGACUAAGAGAGUGUGAGGUAAAGACAAACUUGCUUGGCAGCUCUGACCCAUGCAAAGGAACCUACAAAUACUACACUACCACUUACGACUGCAUUGAUGCCCAUGUAGCUGUGGUCUGUGAGCAUGGCUACCGCACACUAGACUGUGGAGCGGAUACUAUUGAGAUCGUGAAUGCGAACUUCGGGCGUGCUGAUUCUGUAACCUGUUCAAGUGGAAUUCACAACGGUUUGACCCAGAACACCAACUGCUACUCUCCAAAUGCACUCUCAUCUGUCGCCUCACUGUGCAAUGGAAAGAACAGUUGCACAGUAGAAGCUUCCUCCACCAUCUUUACAGAUCCUUGUAAACCAACUGCUAAAUACCUCACAGUGUCCUAUACCUGCAUCACUAAUCAGAGAUCAGUGCCAGUGGUGCAGCACUUCAACACAUCCCACAGCAUCUACAUCCAACAAUACUGCUUCAACACAUUCAGCAUCAUGAUGCUCUGCCUGAAGCUCACGCUACUCACCCUGCUUAUUGCAGCACCUGGUUUGCAUGUUUCUGGAGAAUCUGUGAUUACCUGUGAUGGUGAUGUCCAGCGCCUCACUUGUGACUCUGGAGUGAUAAAGGUGACGUCUACUGUGUACGGCCGUUCGGAUAGCCAAAUCUGCAGUGCUCCACAUCCCAAUCUUAAGGUUACUGAUACCAGCUGCUCCAGUACCGUUUCCACUAUUGCUGACAGAUGCAAUGGACUAAGAGAGUGUGAGGUAAAGACAGACUUGCUUGGCAGCUCUGACCCAUGCAAAGGAACUUACAAAUACUACACUACCACAUACGACUGCAUUGAUGCCCAUGUAGCUGUGGCCUGUGAGCAUGGCUACCGCACACUGGACUGUGGAGCCGAUACUAUUGAGAUCGUGAAUGCGAACUUCGGGCGUGCUGAUUCUGUAACCUGUUCAAGUGGAGUUCCCAACGGUUUGACCCAGAACACCAACUGCUACUCUCCAAAGGCACUCUCAACUGUUGCCUCACUGUGCAACGGAAAGAACAGUUGCACAGUAGAAGCUUCCUCCACCAUCUUUACAGAUCCUUGUAAACCAACUGCUAAAUACCUCACAGUGUCCUAUACCUGCAUCGCUAAUCACCGCAAAUUCUAUGUGUUCAAAUUUGAUCAUUACAUUCAAGUAACAUUACCUGGGAAGUGGUUUGAGAGCAAUGAAGGAGAAUUCGCCGGCCUGCAGAAAUCAGGAGAAUCAAAUAAAACGUUACAUGAUAAACUAUAUAUAAGGAGAUCAGUGCCAGUGGUGCAGCACUUCAACACAUCCCACAGCAUCUACAUCCAACAAUACUGCUUCAACACAUUCAGCAUCAUGAUGCUCUGCCUGAAGCUCACGCUACUCACCCUGCUUAUUGCAGCACCUGGUUUGCAUGUUUCUGGAGAAUCUGUGAUUACCUGUGAUGGUGAUGUCCAGCGCCUCACUUGUGACUCUGGAGUGAUAAAGGUGACGUCUACUGUGUACGGCCGUUCGGAUAGCCAAAUCUGCAGUGCUCCACAUCCCAAUCUUGAGGUUACUGAUACCAGCUGCUCCAGUACCGUUUCCACUAUUGCUGACAGAUGCAAUGGACUAAGAGAGUGUGAGGUAAAGACAGACUUGCUUGGCAGCUCUGACCCAUGCAAAGGAACUUACAAAUACUACACUACCACAUACGACUGCAUUGAUGCCCAUGUAGCUGUGGUCUGUCAGCACGGCUACCGCACACUGGACUGUGGAGCUGAUACUAUUGAGAUCGUGAAUGCGAACUUCGGGCGUGCUGAUUCUGUAACCUGUUCAAGUGGAGUUCCCAACGGUUUGACCCAGAACACCAACUGCUACUCUCCAAAUGCACUCUCAACUGUCGCCUCGCUUUGCAAUGGAAAGAACAGUUGCACAGUAGAAGCUUCCUCCACCAUCUUUACAGAUCCUUGUAAACCAACUGCUAAAUACCUCACAGUGUCCUAUACCUGCAUCGCUAAUCAAAUAGAGUGA